CGCCAGUCGAAACCCGUGCCCAUCCGAUUCCGAUGCAGGUUGAUCUCCAGCAACCCGGCCACCGUGUGCAGUUUCGAUUCAUUUUCACUUCCGCUCCACGUCCGACGACUGUGGGCGCUGGAAGCAAUUCGGGCAUGAAAUACCUUCACGUUUCAAGCGGCCCAGCCGGGCAAUAGAUAGUGUUGGAUGCAGUGUGCUGCAGCGUACCGAUGUAGAACGAUAGCCGAACCGGCCAAGCAUAUGCAUUAUGUGGAGAAAAACGGAACACGGCAGUGAAUUCUGCUCUAGUUUUCAGUGAAAGGUUCGCUAGCGCAAACUGCUGCAGCAACAUCAACCGCACUCCAAGCAGCAGGGAGGGUUACUUCAGUUUCUUUUCGACGUACACUGUUCCGGCUGUUAUACUAAGCGCAUCAUCGAAGGGGAAAGCUACGGCCAGCGGAAGCGGAUCGCAAGCGUACGAGACGGUGCUUUCCCGCAGAGCUACCGAACGAUCAUGUUUACGGAGAAGAUUUUUGACAAUCUCGGCGUGGAUAUGAUAACCAGCAAUGAUUCGGAAGAAUCGAUGGAGAAGUUUGCGGGCAGCAUCGGCAGCAGUAAGUAUCAGUCGGUGAUAACGGAUCUCGGGAAGGCUUUGCUGCAGGCGGCCCGUACUGGCAACACACCGAAGGUGCUUGAUUUGAUGGGCCGUGGUGCACCGUUUACUGCGGACUGGCUGGGCACUACACCACUGCAUUUGGCGGCACGAUUCAACCACAUCGAAACAUGCAGAGCACUACUGCGGGCCGGCAUAAGCAAGGAUUCAAAAACCAAGGUUGACCGAACGCCUUUGCAUAUGGCCGCUUACCAUGGUAACAUCGAGAUCGUGGAACUGUUGCUAAGCAACAAAUGUGAAGUCGAUGCAAAGGAUUUGUUAAAAAUGACUCCUCUACAUUGGGCGGUGGAAAAGCGGCACGACAAGGUGGUAGAAAUGUUGCUACAGCACGGUGCGGAUCCGAACGCGCUCUCCAAGUUUGACAAAUCUCCAAUAGUGCUCGCCAAAACCUCCAAACAGAUGGAACUGGUGCGGAUACUGAAGUUGGCGAACGAGUUACGGGCUGCCAGCAACGAGCAAGUGGGGGUGAAAGAGGCAACGGAUAGCCUUAUGCACGAACUGCAACAACACAAGGAACGGCAUCUGGAUGGCCAGAGCGCGAUGGGCAACGAAAACGACGAGAUAGAGGAUAACAUUACGAUGGAACUGAGUAACGAUAGUAACACCAACCUGUCCGACCACUCCGAUCACGAACACCACCAGCACCCCCUGGACGAUACGUACCACCUCAUCGAGAAGGAGGACAGUCUGAGCGAUGCCAUAGCAAACCUGGAGCAGAGUACGGAGGCUGAUCCGAAAAAUCUCGACUCGUCCACAUUGCAGAUGCUCAAGGAGCACGGGAUCGCCUUUAUGCCGGCGGACGAAGGUGGUAGCGUGAUAACGUCCGCCAUCAAGAGCGGCCGGAAAAUCGUCCUUUCCGAGGCGGGCAAGUACGCGCUGAAGGAGACGAGAAAUCUUCACACUCAACAACAGCAGCAACAGCAGCAUCAGCAGCAGCAUCAACAGCAGCAGCAACAACACCACCACCUACAAAAGCAAACGUUUCAUCCAACCACGUCCAUCCAUGGCGCCAACAUCACGCACACGAAAACGAAGACAAUCAAAAUUAUCAAAAAGCAAUCGUCCUCAUCGCACCUGCACCAUUCGCACCUUCACCAUCACGUGCAUCAGUCCGGCACGACCGGUGCCACACCGACGAUAAAGACGAACAAGGUGAUCAAGAUCCUUUCCCCGGAAGAGUUUAAACAGAUUUGUGGCGGUGAGGUCGGUGGCAUUAAGCGAGUGUCUUCGUCCGAGUACAAGAAAGCGGUAGCGUCCAGCUCUGUGAGAGUUCCUAUCGGUGGUCGUUCCCAUAUGAUACCGUCGUCCGGUGGUAGCAUGGGCCCGAAACCUAUCAGCAAAAUCGUUAUGACAAAAUCCGGCCAACGGUUUCCGGUCGUGGGGAAUGCGGCGAAAACGGUCGGUGACUUUGUGCAGACCAAAAUGGGUGUUAGCAGCAGCGGUAGCAGCGGGGUCGGCAUGGCGAACGGACUGUCGGCGAGCGGCCACAACCGGCACAUCAUCACCUCGGCCGAUGGUGUGAAACGAAUCCGGACGGCAGCCGGUAUGGAAAUCAUUUCCGCCCUACCGACCAAGCUGCCCCAGGAUACGGUGGUGUCCGUUGAAUCGUCCCCGGCGCCUCGGGUAGGUGCCGUAAUUCAUCGUGUCGCAUCGCUAGCCAAUACCAGCUCCGUCCCAUCCAAGGCUAUCUCCUCCGCUGCGAAGACCGCGAGCGGGAACCUAGUGGUCGACGCACACGACCGGCAGCUGCUCGAGCUGAAAAAGCUUAUCGACGACCUGCGGAAACAGUUCGAACUGUCGCAGAAACAGAACGAGGAGUAUCGGGCCCGGGUGGAUAAGCUCGAGAAGGAGGUGCAAACGCUGAAGCAGCAGCAGCAGCGUUCCGGUGACGGUGCGGCGACCGGGGCCAGCUUAGUCGAGAUCCUGUAGAUCCGGUACUCACAGACACAGUACGUAACGCUGCUACGUGAUGUAUGGCGCUUCCUUGACACAAAACUACCUUUUAGGAAUGUAACGGCGCGUGCAUAUGGCGUGUGCGUGCGCCCUUUAUUGUUAAGCGUUAUAACCGUUCGUGCAUGUUGCGAACCGCCGGGGUGUUGAUGCCCAUGUGCGCAGAGCAUUACUUGCUGCUACCUGAUACAACCGUACCGUGUGCUGCUCGGUUUGUUUCGGAUCCUUCGUUCUCAUUGCCCAUCUCCCUUUCCCUUUAAAAUAUCAACGACAACGGCCAUUUCUACUGAACAGUUCCGAAAGAUCCAUCGAAUCUCUGCAACGAAUGCUUUUUUUUGUCAACACCAUAGUGCCACUUUUCGGUGUAAAAUUCACUACCAGAUAACAGAGAGAGCUCAGUGAGAAACGGAAACCGACCACAAAACGAAACGAAAUCCGCAAACAGCAUAUAGCAAGGCAGACAAGUGUAAAGCAUUUAUAGUGUGUUCGAACGCGUCGCAUCCGCCGUGCGGCCGGUUAUAAUAGAGGUAAGGUCAGAUAAUUAAGGUUCCAGCAAUAUGGCAAACAGUGUAUCGCGAAUGCGAAUGCGAAUGGAGGAACUCGUUGCUCAUAAUAAUGUAUAAAAUUGUUGGUUUUUUUAAUUAAAAUAGCCAUAUAGGGAAAAGGUCUACAGCCGGGGGCCGGUAACAAACCGAAGCUGAAACUUCACUAAACCUGAAUUUCGUCCCAACACCACUCGUUUGAGACCGUUGAGAAGUCUUCUAACAGGGCCAUUUAAGUCAUCUACUUUCCGCUUUUUCUAUGUUUCCCAUAUUUACAAAACCACUUACUUCACAAAACGGGUUGAAUUGAUGCAUUUUUCCUUCCCUCUGUUCUUUGUUGUGCUUUGGGGCGAAACAUUAUUAUCGUGUGAUUAACCAGAACCAGAAUUAUUAGGCGAAAAGCGGAAACGGAAAUUUAAGCAUAGCAGAGAGAGUUUUGGGUUAAAGUUUUGUUAUUGCGAAAUUUGGCGGAUGUACAGAGAACCGGCAGGAGGUGCUAAAACGGGAAAAAGGAUAAUAGAGCGUAUCCGAGCAGCAGCCGUAAGCAAUAUCAUCGAGAUGGAAAUCAUCUCUGCGCGUGUGGACGCUUAAGUUUAAGCUUGUUUGUACAUAUAGAGUAAGUAAAACGCUACGAGUGUAUAACAAAAAACCAGCCGCCUUACUUUAAAGUGUUCUGAGCCACGGAUUGAAUGUGACAAAGUGGGGGAGCCAUUUUUCCCGGUGCUAAGAAGACCGAAUCGACCGAAGGAGGGACUCACCUUUCGGAGAGUGCAGGUGGUGGCCUCACACGUGCCCCAACACUCGCACACAAAUGGCGUUGGCGCUAGAAUGUAAACGAAUAAAACAGAUGCAUUUCAUUUUCA